CUUUGACGUGGCAGUGUUGGGGGAGGAUGUGAGCUUGGGGAGCAUGUCUCUACAUCCCCUGACAGAAGAAUCUGGAAGGAAUGGUGACAAAGACAUAAAACUUUGUGAUUAUAAUGGUUACAUCAUAUAUCCUGGGGUCAUUUAUGUGAUUUAUCGACAAACAGUUGUUUCAAACUUUAUAUUCUAGCAUAAAAUGCACAUUCUGUUCUGUAAAACACUGCCAACUCAGCAGCGCAAAUUUGGGUUCAGUGGUAAAAAUAUUAUACAGGACAAAACAUUAUCAUCUUCCAUUACACAUUUCAUGCCAAAAUAUACAAUUUUAUAUUUACAACUCUUAGUUUAAAUGAAGAUGACACUAGUUUAAUGGCAGAGAUUAACUGAUUGUUUGCAGAUUUCAGAAGGCUUUAGGACCUUGCAGAGGUUGAAUCUUGUGGUCAUUGGAUCCAGAGGGAGGACUCUCCCAGCUUCCCUAGGAAAUCCAAACAUCCUCAUUCGAAUAGCCCGGCUCCAGCUUCUAGAAGUUUCUUUCCUGGAGUAUAAAGGCCUCUGUGUCAAACAUUCUGCAGCAAAGCAGCAUCUGGGAAAAGAAGAAGAGAACAUCUGAGAAAAGAAGAGGAACACAUCUGAGAAAAGAAGAGGAAAACAUCUGAGAAAAGAAGAGGAACACAUUCAAACAACUGUCCAAGAGUGAAAAUCGCAAUCGUUGACAACUAUGAAUAUGAAAACGUAUCAAGGCUUUCAUUGCUGCCCAAAAAUACAGCAAGCAUGUUGGUAUCCAACCUCAUUGCUCUGUGCCUUUUGGCUGUGGCAGUGUCCGGUGAGGACAAAAAGCUGAGUCCCCAUGCAACCUCCAUGGCAGACACCAGCGCUAACCUGGCCUUCAAUCUCUACCACAAUAUCGCCAAAGAAAAGGAUCUUGACAACAUCCUCAUCUCUCCUGUGGUGGUGGCCUCCUCUCUGGGAAUGGUUGCCAUGGGCGGCAAAUCCUCCACUGCGUCCCAGGUGAAGAGUCUCCUGAAGGCUGACACCCUGAAGGAUGACCAUCUGCACACAGGGCUGUCCGAGCUUCUGACUGAGGUGAGCGACCCCCAUGCCCGCAACGUCACGUGGAAGAUCAGCAACAGGAUGUAUGGCCCCAGCUCAGUCAGCUUUUCUGACGACUUUGUCAAGAACAGCAAGAAGCACUACAACUACGAACACUCGAAGAUCAACUUCCGUGAUAAGAGAAGCGCCAUUAACUCCAUCAAUGAGUGGGCUGCCAAGUCAACUGACGGAAAGCUGCCAGAAAUUACCAAGGAUGUGAAAAACACAGAUGGGGCUAUGAUCGCCAAUGCUAUGUUCUUUAAACCCCACUGGGAUGAGAAGUUCCACCACAAGAUGGUUGACAACCGUGGUUUCCUGGUUUCCCGCUCUCACACGAUCUCUGUUCCAAUGAUGCAUCGCACAGGUAUCUACGGCUUCUAUGAAGACACACAGAACAAGCUGCUUGUGGUCAGCAUGCCUUUGGCACAUAAGAAGUCCAGCAUGAUUUUCAUCAUGCCCUACCAUGUGGAGCCUCUGGAAAGGCUGGAGAAACUGCUCACUCGCCAGCAGCUGGACACCUGGGUCAGCAAGCUCGAGGAGAUAGCGGUCGCCAUCUCUCUACCUAAAGUUAGCAUGGAAGUCAGCCACGACCUUCAGAAACAUCUUGCAGAACUUGGUCUCACUGAAGCUGUGGACAAGUCUAAGGCAGACCUGUCCAACAUUUCUGGCAAGAAAGAUCUUUACCUCGCCAAUGUCUUCCAUGCCUCUGCCUUGGAGUGGGACACAGAGGGAAACCCAUUUGACACCAGCAUUUAUGGUAGCGAGAAGAUCAGGAACCCCAAGCUCUUCUACGCCGACCAUCCCUUCAUUUUCCUAGUGAAAGACAACAAGACCAACUCCAUUCUUUUUCUUGGCAGGCUAGUUCGGCCUAAGGGUGAUAAAAUGAGAGAUGAAUUGUAACUUUUAGGCUAUUGAUGUUUUAAAAUGGUAUUAUUGUUAUUAUUGGUUUGACUGUUACCUCAUGUGG